CUGCAGACGUUGAUGACAUCUGGAUACGGGAGAUAUAAAGUAGUUCCUGUUAGUUUUAAUUCCUUAAACUUAUUCAAUACGUUUGACAGUAUUUGGAGGGUAUAAAAGCUUUUUUAUUAAUUUUAAAGAUUGUGUUUAAACUGGCUUUGUGUUUGAUAACUGUUAAGUUAUUGCAAGUAUCAAUUCGCCGAUGUCAGUCAUCCUAGCCUAGCAACCAUAAACUGGUUGAUCCGUAGCCAUAGUCACCGACGAUAACUUUUGACAACAAAACAAGACGCCGCUGAGAGCAUCCCGUCACCAACUCCGCGGCGCAGGAGAAAGAGAGGGGGCGGCGUCGGAGGCGGUGAGGAGGCGGAGGAGGAGGUGGUGGAGGCGGAGGAGGUGAUCACCAUGGCGACCGUGCUGAGCAGUGGAGGCGGCGCGGUGGCCGGGGGCGGCGAGAUGCCUCUCAGCCUCUCAGCAGUGAGCAGCCAACAGCAGUCGGACCAGUGCACGGUUGCCGCCAUUACUGUGGUCACAGCCGCCCCCAACUCAUCUGCUGCCUCCAACACUCUCAUUCAGAACGGUAAACUCGAAACAGUACUAGGCGAUUCGGGAGACUCAUCUGACGACGGAUCGACUAUCCAGGUGACGGUUAGUGCAGGAGGAGGUGGAGGGAGUGGAGGAGGAGACGAUUCUGACGGAGGAGGAGGUGGAGUGAGUCAGGGAGGAGGCGUAGGAGGUGGAGGAGGAGGUACUACCACUGCUUCCAUAGUUGACUCGGCUCACUAUAUUACUGUAACAGAAGGGACAGCUACUCGAUCAUACACCUCUCUCACUCCUGUCAACCCUGUAGUUCCAGACACAGAUACAGUGACGGCGGACGGUGUGGCUCACUCGGCCUACGUGCAGUAUGUGGAAAGUGCGCCGGACCAAACUAUUUAUACCACGACUAAUGGCCAGAUGGCGUAUCCGGUUUAUACAGUGGGAGAAUCAGGCACUAUGUACACCCCGGCAUCCGGCCAGUACUACACGCCCGGUAAUACUACUCCGGUCACCUACAGUCAGGUGGCUGGAGGCGCUCUGAAUGGGCCGAACCAGGGAGGUACAGCGGCACAACUGCUGGGCAGCACCUAUCUGAUCCAGCAGACGGUCGACGGCACAGACACAAUCAUCACCUCCAACCGAUCCUCACCGCAAACUGUCAGCGCCGACGUGACGUAUCACCUGGUGAACUCAGCAGCAGCGGCGAAUGGACCCGGCGGCGGCACAGUUGGCAGUACUGCCGGUGGCGGUGGCGCCACUUCGGUGCCUCCAGGCAGCGCCGCAAACGCCAACCCAAACGGCGCCACCCUCGACUCUGACCAGCCCAGUCUUAUACACGCUACCCGCGUGUCGCCCGCUACAGUGCAAUGGCUGCUGGAGAACUAUGAGACAGCGGAGGGAGUGUCGCUGGCCAGGGUGACGUUGUACAACCACUACCUGCGCCAUUGCUACGAGCACAAGCUAGACCCCGUCAAUGCGGCCUCGUUCGGCAAACUCAUUCGAUCCGUCUUUCUCGGCCUGCGCACCAGGCGUCUCGGAACCAGAGGGAACUCUAAGUACCACUACUACGGCAUCCGCGUGAAGCCAGGCUCACCGCUCAACCAGCUGCCAAUGAUGGACGACGAGGGACGAGGGGCUAUGGUGGGAGGGGGAAAUGGCAACGGUGGUGGUGGAGGAGGGGGAAACGGCGGUAACGGUGGUGGGGGAAGGGCGUCAACGGGUGCUGGCGGCGGCGGCGGGCAAAAGCAGCAGCGCUACAACAAGUUUGGCGGGGCGGGGGCGGGGAAAGGCGGCGACGGUUCCGUCGGCAAUCAGGCGCAUGCGCACGAAUGUGGUGGCGAACAGAAUCAUCAGCACAAUAAUGCACAGUCCAACAACCAUGAGUUCCUAGGUGAUGGUACGCGUGCCAUUCCAGAUUUCCCCAACAUAGUGAUAUCUCACGUGGCUCUCCCCGAAGACUGCACUCUCGAGGAUGUCGACACCUUUAGAAGUAUUUACAGAGAACAUUGCGAGGCUUUUCUCGAUGCAAUAUUGAGCUUAGAAUUUGCAACCGUGGAAUCUCUGUGGAGAGAAUUCUGGCGAUCUCAAGACAAUAAUAAUGGCGAGGAGUGUGAAGAAGAAAAAUACCUUUCCAAAACCAAACUGUACCUUUUGUGCAAGUGCCUACCUAUCCAGCAGUUUGUUCGAAAAGUUGAUUACCUUUUUUACCAGAAUCUAGUCCAAGUGCUAAUACCAGAUGUACUUAGGCCAAUACCAAGUUCCUUAACGCAGUCAAUAAGAAAUUUCGCCAAAGGCCUUGAAUCAUGGCUUUCGUCGGCCAUGCUGGAAUGUCCUCAGCAGCUGUUGAAUAUCAAGGUGAAUGCAGUGGGCGCGUUUGCGCAAACGCUGCGCCGCUACACGUCGCUGAAUCACCUGGCGCAGGCGGCGCGCGCCGUACUGCAGAAUUCGGCGCAAAUUGGGCAAAUGCUCACCGACCUGAACCGUGUCGACUUCCACAAUGUGCAGGAGCAGGCAUCCUGGGUGUGUGAGUGUGACUCGGCCCUUGUGCAACGCCUCGAGACCAACUUUAAAGCGACCCUACAGCAGCAGAACUCGCUGGAGGAGUGGGCGUCAUGGCUGAAGGGUGUGGUGGCAGCUGUGCUCAAGCCCUAUGAGGGAAAACCCAACUACACAAAGGCGGCUCGUCAGUUCUUGCUCAAGUGGUCCUUCUACAGUUCAAUGGUGAUCCGAGACCUGACCCUGCGUUCUGCUGCCAGCUUUGGCUCGUUCCACCUGAUCAGGCUGUUGUAUGACGAGUACAUGUUCUACCUCAUCGAGCACCAGGUGGCGCUGGCCACUGGCGAAACGCCAAUUGCCGUCAUGGGCGAGAAGUGUGAUUCGCCAGCGGGAGGUGGUGUGGUGGGAGGUGGAGGAGGUGGGGGUGUGAUUGAGUACCAUCACCAGAUGGGAGGUGGGGGCGGCGAACCAGCCUGCAACGGAGGCAUUUCCUUAAAUGCUGACAACGCACUCUAUGUCUCAUGCAGCGAUCUACACCUGUCUCCCAAGCGCGCCAAAAUCAGCUAACUGUUGGAGGACCAAACCAAUGGCUUUCAUGUGUGAAUCAGCUGACUUUGGAAUCUGCAGAUUUCACGUGUGAGUGGCCUUUGAAUCUGCUAACUCAACGAAUGACCUUGGAAUCAGUUCACUAAUACGAAUCACCUUGUAAUCAUUCGACUUAUACGAAUGACCUUGGAGUCAGCUGACUUUAUGUGAAUGAGCUUGGAAUCUGCAGUUUUUUGUGGGAAAGGCCUUGAAAUCUGUUGUUUUCAUUUGUGAAUGAAAUCUGGAAAGCCCUUCGAAUCUGCUGAUUUUUAUAUGAAAGGUAUUGGAAUCAGCUGAUUUUAUAAUAUGAAUGACCUUGGAAUCAGCUUACUCUGUGUGAACGGCCUUGGAAUCUGUUGACUUUAUAAAUGAACGGCCUUGGAAUCUGCUGAUUGAAUGAACUUGGAAUUAGCUAAUUUUAUGUAGCAACAACUUUGUUUGCCAAUAAAAGGAGUUGGGUUUUGGUCAACUGAUUUUUGCGUACAAUCAAGAUGUAUAAAUGCAAGGCUUAUAGAAUGGAAGGUAGAACAUUCAUCAUUUGUUUGUAGUUUUAUGUUGUUCUACCUUCUAUAGUUUGAAGCUGUUUGUAUUUCUUACAAGUAACACCAAUGCUUGCCGCUCAUGCUGACGAUUAGUGUUGUGAACUUCACUGGACCUAUUAAAGGUUAUGCGACCACGACCAACGACCAUAAAUACCUUUGGUUCUUAUGGGAGGGUUCACUCAUUAUCAGAAUGAAAAUCUGUGAACACUCUCAGAAGAAUAAAUAGUAUUCUUCCAAGGUUGUCGUUUAUUCGUAUAACGUACCUUCUGGUAUAGAAUGACAAAUCUCUGAGUCAGCGUUUCAUGUGUGAAUGGUCUACAAAUCAGCUGCUUUUUGUGUAGCAACGGUAGAGUGCAAUCAACUAAUAACGUUCACCAAUAAAGAAGUUAGUUUUUGAUCAGCGAUUUUUCUUAUUAAAUGAGAAUUAGAUUAAUAGAGUGGUGCUCACUUAUACUGAAUAUUUAAUGAGACCUUUUUCAAAGUGAACCUACAGCUUUAGAUGGGUUCCUAACCAACGGGAAGCGAAUUUUAUACUCAUAUAUGGCGAUACUUAGCGAAUGUCUCUGAACUUAUCUGAGAGAUAAGAUAACAACGGCUUCCACCGCUUCCUUCAUACAUAGAAAUCAGCUGUUCUAAUAAUAUAGAAAUCAGCUGUUUGAAUUAUAUAGAAAUCAGCUGUUGAAAUCGUACAAAAACUAGUUACAAUAAAGUGAGUGUCCUUUCUUUCUGUCUACACUAGUAUGAGUGUUUGUGUGUGUGUGCGUCUAAAUAAUUUAUUUUAUAGGUGGUAUGAAUAGUUUCUUGUCCCAAAUGAAAGAUGUCCUUAGAAAUUCCAAUUCCCAAAAAUAACCGAGCUGUUUGCUAUUUUAAUCAGUGUGCUGAUGUUGUGAUUUGUCUGUAUUAUAUUUUAUAUAUUAUAAUAUAUAAAUUAUAUUGUAAUAAAUUGUAGUUGGGAAACGUUUACUGAAGGAUUUCAUCAAGAAGACUUCAUAUAUUGUUAUUGAGAAUAAAAUGUUUAUAAAGAACAUUGUUGGUAAACAAUAUAAAUUUUCUGAAUCUUGAGAAAUGUUGGUGUGGACUUGAGCUAACUUCAAAAAUUGAAAAUUGUUUCACAAACAGGCUUAUAAUUGAAGAUAGUGCGCUAAGCUCUCAUAACAUUCUAUUUGUUUGUGAUAGAAAAUUUUGAAACAAUUUGUAGUAAAUUUGCACAUAUUUAGUAUUGAAGUUUUAGCAAACAGCAUAGGUUAGUGCUGCUUAGGUAGGCCUAUAUUCACAAACACAGUGCUAUAAACGGCAUACUUGAAUUUGAAAAUCGUGUUGAUUAUAUUUUAGAUCAUCGUACACUGACUAAUCUGUAAUAAUUUUAUUGAUGUUAGUAUAGAAAUAAACUUACCGGAUUGUUCCACUCAACUAACAAACAAAAUAUUUAUAAAUAUAUAUUUGAUGUCUUUAUAUUUUUCAUAAUGACACAGCAAAUGCCUUUCACAACUUGUAAUAUAACUAUAGAUAAGAAUGAAUAUAUCAAAUUAUUAUUGUCAUAAGAAAGAUAUCAAUCAGAAGUUGUUUUUAUUUAUUUUUCUAUUUUUAUAAUAUUAUGUAUCAUUCGAGUAGAAGAGUGUCCAAAGAAUUUAUGUAUCCUCUAAUAUCACAUGAAGAAGUAAUUCACGAAAAAAUUAGAAAUGGUUUGAAUGUAGAUAUAUUAUCACUGCACCCAAUGCACCCUUUUUAUUUUUGGACCUAGACUUUGAUAAAUUAUUGCAUUAUUUAUUUAUUUCGAUAAUUCUUUUUUAUUGUUGGAAACCUCUCACUAUACAACUACUUUUCAAACAUUGUUUUUCUGGUAGAAAAAUGCUUAUUCCAAUUUUUGCUGUUUUUUUCAAAUUUUCAAUUGUGAUUUGUUUUUCACUUAUAUUGAUUCAAAAAUGUUCUAGUCAUGUGAGUUUGAAACCCCGAGUCAUUACUCUGCAGUCUGUAUGAGUAGACUGCAAAUGGACUGAGAGAUUAAAUUAAUAUUUUGUCUGAAAUGUCUAAUUUACACGAUAGGUCAACAUAAUAUUAUACAACUUUGAUUUUUCAACCUAUAGACCUGUUUUAUUGAGAAAGGACUGAUUUUUGCUAUUACUUAAUAUCCUGAAAGUAUCAUAUUUAAAUUUGAUUGUCAUCAUUGAUGGCCUGACAUUUUAAAAUACUUUGUGCCGGUUGCACAAAAGCCGGUUAAAUAUUAAUCUAUUUAGUAAUCUGUUUACUACAUUUUACGUUUCAUUUUAAAAGAUGCUUGAAAUGCCCUCCUCUUGUUUGAGUGUCUAAAAAAAAUUCAAAUAAUUGUUAUUGGUAUUUCUAUUAUUCUAUUCACAGCUGAUCAUAAAUAGCCAAUUUUUCCAUUGUAUUUCGUUAUUCAUUCAAAAAAGAGUUGUUUCAAGUUUCAUUACUUUACCAAUCAUUUUUUUAAAAACUCAGUGUCGGUUGCACAAAAGCCGGUUAAAUACUAACCGUGAUUGAUUCCACGAGAACCAAUGAGAGAAGCCGUCUCUUCAAAAACGCCUUCUCUGAUUAGUUCUCGUGAAAUUAAUCACGGUUAAAAUUUAACAGGCUUUAGUUCAACCGGGUCUUUGAUUUGGUUUUUAUUUUUUAUGAAACUUGUACGGAACUGAAUCCUGUUGUCAGUUUUGUUGUAAUAAAGUAAAAAUAACAAGUACCUAAAUAAAACACAAUUGAUACUAUUUAUUUGGUAUUGUAUGUUAUAAUUUGUAAUGAUAUUGAGGGAUAAAUCGGUUGUAUUAGUUGUAGGUUUGUAUGUUGAUUAUUAUUUUGUGAGCGACAUGCGAUAGUAUUUAUUGUUUUCAAAAGUGAGUUGAAAUUUAUGAGAGAAUUGGUUAAUCUGUGGGUUUUCUGUUGUUGUCUUUGUAAUAUUUACUCAGUAAUCUGAUCAUUUUUAUUUUGUUUCAGUUACCGGUAAAUUUGUAAAAUUACCGGUAAAAAUGUAAAUCACACUUUUGUACUGUGUCGUAUUCUAUUUUAUUUUCAGUUUUGAACUUAUUGAAAAAUUCCAGGCUUCAACUACAUUUGAUAAUAAAUCAUGAUCACAGUAUAGCAUAUUUAAAAAAAAUGUUUAGUUAGAAAAGGGACUUUUAUUAUGGGUUCUACGAGCUAGAUUGGCGUAAGGGAUAGAAAUUUUACGAAUAUAAUACUCAUCUACUUAUUUUUCUUUUAUUCAACACAAAAAUUACAAUAUUGGAGUGGAAAAUAUGCGCAAGCCAAAAUAUUCUGUUGUUUCCGAAUUUAUUCCAAUAAACUGUAAAAGUAUUAAUUAUGUUAUCUGUUUUUGAUUUAUACUGUAAUAAUAAUCUGGAGUGAUGAUAACAUUUAAAAUUUUUAGGGUAAAUUAAAUAUGAAUUGUGUUUCAUAUGAAUCUAAGAAAUAUUCAUCAAUAGUUUAUUUAAUUGAAUGAUUGAUGAGAAUUUUUGGGGAAAACAAAUGAAAGUAAUAUUAUUACUGUAAUGUCCAGAAAAUCGUGAAUGAUGAGAUUAAUUUUGAGAAAAUAAUUGUUUUAAAAAUUGAUUUAAAGUGGAAGUGAUUAGACAUUGACGAGACUCCGCAAUUACUCUACGAUUUGUGAGCAGGCUUUAGCAUUCACCUACUGAAAAUUAUUCAUAUUAAGUUUUCAAGCUUGAAAAUUGUACGAACCAUCCACCACAAAUUGAACAUUUCUUAUGGAGAUUAUAAAUUUAUAAAUAUGUAAAUAUUUUUAUUUCUCCAGUAUAAAUUUAUAAAUAUAUUAAUAUUUUCAUUUUUCCAGUUAAAGAGCUUUUCACAAUUAUUUAUACUCGAUGUGAGAUAGUAUCUUGAAAAAGUCAAAACUUUAGUUUUUCACAUUUAUUGAGUACACUUGCUCACUCCAAUAGUGAUUGUAUAUUUCAAGACUGACACAACAUGAUGAAGCAGUAAACUCACAUGUGCAAUAUAUUAUUAAUUGAUAUUAUUAUUAAUUAAUAUCGUAAGAAUUGUUGUAUUUAAUUUAAUUAUUAGUAAAUUAUCAUUGUUUUUGUCUGUUUUGUAUUUAUUAUCUAGUCAGCUUUUUCAAGCUGUGUUGAACCUCACCACAACAUAGAGCUACGAUUUUGAAGGAAUAAUGUCGAAAAAUGGUAUUAAUAUAUAAUCACGGAAUUAAUUGAAUAAAUUUGUUGAAUAUUGUUAUUUCAGAAAUCAUGAUCCAAAUUCUCCAAAGAAUAGUAGUUGGUGUUGAAAACCACUUUUUUCUUUGAGAAAUACUUUUGACUUUUGUACUUGUGCUCUCGAAAAGUGUUGUAAUAAAUCUCUCAACAGGUCCAGUUUCUAUCAUAUUGUAUGCAUGCGAAACACAAUUUGAGACUUUUGCUAUGGUCUUUAGUUGAAUUUGUAUUUUUAAUUUCUCACAGGGCCGCGUAUUGGGCCUAAUAUUGUUGUUGAUUUUUUAUAUAAUUUCAGUUCAAAUGUAAAUUGAGAGUGUUAUUUUAUUUAUUUUUAUUAAAGAAAAUAUUGUACGUGUAUUUUACUUA